UCCCAAAGGGCACUGACAGUCGCUGCACUCCAGUUGAGAGGGAUUGGGGGCACUGAGACCGGAGGCAGCUGAGCCUAGGACUGGAGGCAGAGCCAGAGGAUGAAGCCAUCCUGGCUACAAUGUCGCAAAGUCACCGGCGCUGGGUCACUUGGGGCUCCCAUACCCGGAUCCCCUUCAGCGAGAGCAGCUGGUGCAAUCCGAAGGGCUUUGGUGGCCCCAGGUGCUCGGGGCGUAGGGGGCCUGGGCUGCAGGGCGCUGACCACCGGCGGCAGUGGCGAGUACAAGACCCACUUCGCGGCCUCUGUAACUGACCCAGAGAACUUCUGGGGUAAAGCUGCUGAGCAGAUCAGCUGGUACAAGCCCUGGACCAAAACACUAGAGAACAGAUACCCGCCUUCUACUAGUUGGUUUGUGGAAGGGAUGCUUAACAUUUGCUACAAUGCUCUUGAUCGUCAUAUUGAAAAUGGCCAAGGAGAUAAGAUUGCUAUCAUCUAUGACAGCCCUGUUACAAAUACUAAAGCAACAAUUACCUAUAAUGAAGUUCUGGGUCAGGUCUCUAAGCUGGCUGGUGUUUUGGUCAAGCAGGGCAUCAAAAAAGGUGACACUGUGGUCAUCUACAUGCCCAUGAUCCCACAAGCAAUUUAUGCCAUGCUGGCAUGUGCAAGGAUAGGGGCCAUCCACAGCCUCAUAUUUGGGGGAUUUGCAUCUAAAGAACUAAGUACCCGCAUUGACCAUGCAAAGCCCAAGGUUGUUGUUACAGCAUCAUUUGGCAUUGAACCUGGAAGGAAGGUAGAAUACAUACCCCUGCUGGAAGAAGCACUAAGACUAGGACAACACAGGCCAGACAAAGUUCUCAUUUACAGUCGUCCUAACAUGGAGAAAAUUUCUUUGGUGCCAGGUCGGGAUCUUGAUUGGGAAGAAGAAAUGGCAAAAGCCCAAUCACAUGACUGUGUUCCAGUGCUUUCAGACCAUCCUCUGUAUAUCCUCUACACAUCUGGAACAACUGGGCUUCCUAAGGGUGUAGUUAGGCCAACUGGGGGAUAUGCUGUAAUGCUGAACUGGACAAUGUCUUCUAUAUAUGGACUCAAACCUGGAGAGGUAUGGUGGGCAGCUUCUGACUUAGGCUGGGUUGUUGGACAUUCCUACAUCUGUUAUGGACCUCUUCUACAUGGGAACACAACAGUUCUUUAUGAGGGAAAGCCUGUGGGAACACCAGAUGCUGGCGCUUAUUUCCGUGUACUAGCCGAGCAUGGAGUGUCUGCCUUGUUUACAGCACCGACUGCAAUUAGAGCAAUCCGUCAACAGGACCCUGGGGCAGCCUUGGGGAAGCAAUACUCUCUGACAAGGUUCAAGACCCUGUUUGUUGCUGGAGAAAGAUGUGAUGUGGAUACCCUAGAAUGGUCCAAAAAUGUCUUCAGAGUCCCUGUCCUAGACCAUUGGUGGCAAACUGAGACUGGAUCUCCAAUAACAGCAUCAUGUGUUGGAUUGGGUAACUCCAAAACACCUCCACCAGGGCAAGCAGGAAAGUGUGUCCCAGGAUACGAUGUUAUGAUUUUGGAUGACAACAUGCAAAAAUUGAAGGCCCGAUGUUUGGGAAAUAUUGUGGUAAAGUUGCCAUUACCUCCUGGGGCUUUUUCCGGACUCUGGAAGAAUCAGGAAGCAUUCAAGCAUUUAUACUUUGAGAAAUUUCCUGGAUAUUAUGAUACGAUGGAUGCUGGUUACAUGGACGAAGAAGGCUAUGUAUAUAUUAUGUCUCGAGUUGAUGAUGUAAUAAAUGUUGCAGGCCACAGGAUUUCUGCAGGUGCUAUUGAAGAGCAUCCCUGGGGAGCAGUCAAGGAUCCUUGUGACUUCUGGUACUUCCUGGUGCAGCAGGGCAAGUCAGCAGAAAUCCACCCAGGUUCUUCAUGGAUUCUCAUGGGGAAGGCAAGUAACAAUUAUUCCUUCUGGGCCUUUAGUGUAGGGUGAUGAGACUCCAGGUCUCCGUCUCACAGGAUGAAGCAUUUGCUCUUGAGGAAGGAAGGGGCUCAGAUGCCUUAUUUGUAUUCCCUUAGUGUGAAGGGUGGAGAGGCUGCAGGAAAGGCCAGGUCCUGAUUCUUUCCUGGUACACAUCUAGAGCAGGAAGAUAAAGUUUAUUCCGAGACUCCUCUAUUCCUUCUUCUGAGCCUCUGGCAAGGGAUAACAGGUUUUUCUUGCAUCUUUUUCUUGUUGUUGUUACCGUUUACGCUCACUGACGUUUCCACAUUUUUAGUAGCUUUAGCCCCCAGACCAGAAUAUAUGGAAGAAAAAAUAUGAAACAGUUUGAUAAAUUCUUGAUGUGAAUCUUAGAAAAAAGUUUAUAUUUUUAUAUACAAUAAAAAUAUAUGUUUAUAGAUAUAUAUGAUUAGACUGUAGAAGUUGUACCAUCUUGGAAAAGGAGGUGCUAGUAAGAGGAGGGUGGAUUAGAUAGGACUAGCUGGAGGCAUAGAGCUUAUGGAGAAAGUGCAUAUGAACUUGAUUGAAAUGUCCUCAUGAAGCCCAACUCCACAUGCAAUGAAUAGAUGCCAACAAAAUUUAAAUUCUACAUUUUAAAAAGAAAGACAAUGAGAGAUUUUUGUCAAC